CAUGGUCAGUAUGUUGUCAUAAUGGUAAGAUGAGGAGCCUGAUACAUGGUCAGUAUGUGACAGUUUCUGAUUUGUUUCCAAGGUAUUGUUUCAACUUUGAUUCUGUUGUAGAGAGGCUAAAGGGAAAACUGUAGGCUUAACAUUUAAUAACUUCCUUUUAAAACUACUGGACGACUGGGAUGUUUCCAUCUCUAGCCUGUUGUUAUCUUAAAUGUCAUUAUUAUAAUACAUUGUUGAAGACCUAUUUUAAAUACCCAUUUACAAAAUUUAAAUUUUAGCACACACAAAACGUGUGCUAAAACAUUGUUGGUAGAUGAGGUUAGUUAUCCAGGUCAAGAGCUUUGAGAUCUUGUGAAAAGAACUACAAUUGUAAUGCAUUAUUAUUAUCAGUUUAUUUGGGCCGUUGCACCUUGGGGAGAAUGCUUUAAGUAAUCACAGCUAUUUCAAUUAUUGCUUAACACAUAAUGGAAGAAUGUAUGCUAGGGCAUACUUGCCAUGUACUGUGCGUGAAAUAGGCCUACCUGUAAAUCACUAGGAUUCAUACCAAUGUACCACACCCUAGUUUGUGACAUGCUUUUCAUGUUGUCGAUGUUACGAGCUGACUCAUCUCAAACGUCUGCCUCCUAUGAGGAUUAUGUAUGCCCAAGUAUGGGAAGCAAUCAUUUGAUUGGUUCAGUGAUCAAACGCUGACCUAGACACAAGAAAACACCUUGUUUUAAAGGAAGUAGCCUACAGACAUGAAAAGUAGAGGGGCAAUGAUGUGACGGAAUCUCUAUGCAGCUGGAAUGGUAAUAUUUGAUUCACAAUGAGCCAUUCAAUGGAGUCUGCAACUCAGAUCAAAAAGUGGACGAAGGAAGAAGUUCAUCAGUGGUUGACGACGCAGGUUAAAAUUAACCACAUAUAUGCAGACAAGUUGCUAGAAGAGGAGGUAUCAGGUGAAGACCUAGAAUACUUCCAAAAGAAGGAUCUUCUGGAUCUGAACAUAAAACAUGGUCCGGCUGUGAAAAUUGUGUCAAUGCUUGAGGAAUUGAAGAGUGGAUUACAGCAUAAAUCACAAUUUCCUGCAUACAUCAAGAAAUGGACACAAGAACAAGUUUGUCAGUGGUUAAGGGAAGAGGCGAAGGUAUACCACCAAUAUCUAGAGCGGAUCGUGGAAGAGGAAGUGUCAGGCAGUUGCCUGUUUUGCUUCAAAAAGAAUGAUCUUGUGGAACUAGGCAUAAAACAUGGUCCUGCUGUUAAAAUAAUUGGCAUGCUAGAAAAGUUAAACAAUGGACCAGAGCCUAUAUUACAACCCCCCACACACAUCAACGUUGACCAAGAAAAUCUACAGAAACCACCUGAGAAGCAAGUAGAACUAUGUCAAGCUCUACCAGUUCAUACUGUAUCCCCGAUGAAGAGAGAACCAAACACAGAAGAGCUCAAAAUAGUGGAACCAUCAGGGAAAACGGUUACACGAAAGAAAGAAGAACCAAAACCACAGGCCAUGGGUGCAGAAAAGUUACCGUCCAAGAUGCCAAGUUCACUUACCUUGCUCCAGAAUACCCUCGAUGACUUACAGCAGGACGAGUUUAAACGGUUUAAGUCUUGUCUGAAAGACUUCAAACUGAAAGGAUGUAGAUCGAUUGCACGGUGUCACUUGGAAGACAACAAGAGCCGCACAGACGUAGCGGACUCAAUGACAAAGCACUAUGAGGAAGAGACAUUAAAUAUCACACUUCAGAUUCUUGAGAGAAUCAGACACAAUGAACUUGCUGGCCAACUGAAAAGUGAUAUGGGUCUACAAAUGAUGACAGCACAAGACGGCAAAAACUAUUUGAGGAGAGAGACCAAUCAGGGUAGUAAAUUGAAGUACUUGUUAACUUGUGGAGGAAAUAUGAUGGACUACUAUGAUCGAUUCGUUAUUGUUAUGAACAAGAGUCACACUGAGCAACUAGAAUAUCUUCCUUUUCUGAGCAAGUUGAAAUUGUUCUGUGUCCUGGACUUUGAUCCUGACUCUGCAGCUCCUGGUGGCGUAUGCAGUUCAUACAGAGAAUCAAGAGUGGCAAAUCUCCAUCUCCCAGCCCAAUUCCAACCCGACCCAAGUGUUGUGAUAAAAAAUCUCAACCUGUAUAAGCAGACCAGCUGGGUUUUUUGUAAUGGGAGGCAUGACCUUGAAAGUGAAUCUGGUAGACAGCUGGACUACAAAGUCUGGUUCAAGGAGAAACGCAAAGAGAUMGAGCAUAUGGUUUCAUUCAUUUGCAAACCUGAAGUUCUUCCAAAUGGAAGAACUCUUGUCAUAUUUCUUCUACUGUCACCUGUAACUGAUAGAGAUCCUGUCUUUGAUACUUUCCUGGCAUUCUACUCACAUGUUGAGGAAAGCAUUGUGAGUAUUUGUGAAUCUAGGAGCACAUUUGAGAAAUGGAAAGACUUGAUACAGGAUAAAUGUGAGUCUGACAUCAGCACGCAAUCAAUAUAUGAGUUGACACUCAGUGAAGUCAAUGGUACUAUAAUGUCACUUGGACCACACAAUCAGCCAUCAGGAAGACUCCUUCCAUCUUCUGACUCCAGCACUGUUGUUCUCCAACAAAAGGAUGAAGACCGAUUGACGGCUCUAGAUAUUUUGUGUCAGAAUGAAUGUGAGAAAGUCUAUGAAGAAAAUAGCACAGAGUUUCAAGACUUCAAAAUCAAAGUAGAAAAGGAAUUCUACAGAGGGGGUAAAGUCAACUGGUGGAACUUCUAUUUUUGUGAGAAACCCAAAGCAAAACCUUUCAUUAGAAGAGACAAAUAUGACAAUCUCAUGAAAAUUGUGAAAUGUCAGACAAAAGAUCCCAAAACCACAUGUGUUUUGCUGAAUUUGUUCCACCACCCAGGUUGCGGAGGCACCACCUUAGCCAUGCAUGUGAUGUGGGAUUUACGCAGAGAAUUCAGAUGUGCUGUGUUGAAGGACAAUACAUUACCAAAAGCUGAAGUGGCUGUUCAAGUCAAAAAGCUGAUGAGGCUUGGGAAAAGUGACAAAUCUCAGAAUACACCAGUUCUGUUGUUAGUAGAUGAUUCAAAGGAAGCAGAAAACACACAAACUCUGCAGACCUGCAUACGCAAAACUGUUGAAGAGGACUACACAGGCAGAACUGUGGAAGAUUCAUCAAAUUCACAAGUCAUCAUCCUGAGUUGUGUUCGAUCCCAUAACCCCAAGGUCCAGUACAAACACUGUGCAACAGAAAGUCAGUACAUCACAGCUAUACUAACGAAAAAGGAACAAGAUGAUUUUGAGGAAAAACUUCAAGAACUUAAAGAAAGUCAUGAAAAACCGGAAAACUUCUACAGCUUCAUGAUCAUGAAGAGCAACUUUGACAAGAAAUACAUCGCUGAUGUUGUCAGCCACACUCUGAAGGACUUAGACAUGAGCACACAAAAAGCUCAACUACUUUUCUACUUUGCACUGUUGAACUCAUACGUGGCUGAAUCAGACAUAUCUGUGUCUCUCUGUGAGGACUUUUUUGGAAUGAAAAUGGCUUACUGGGGAGAAGACAAUGUACUUGAACGAAUGGAACCUUAUUCAAAUUUGCUGAAAAUAGUUCAAGUCGAUGAACGUGGAGGAUACAAAGCAAUUAGCAUCCUUCAUCGUGAUAUAGCUUCUGCAUGUCUGGAAGAAUUGCACAAAAGCCACGGGAUUAACGAGAGUGAAAUAACCAUCAACAUGCUACACUGUGAUUUGUUUUUCAAAAUUGGUGUAGUAAAAGACGCCCUGAUGCUAUCAAUAGAACGCAUGCUGAUUAAAAGGCAGCGCAGGAAAGAUGGAGAUGAAAAAGAUACUCAGUUCUCUCCCUUGAUAGAGAAAAUUCACCUUCAAGAGGGGAGACACAAAAUCCAAGACAUCUUUGUGAAAGCAUCAUCCCGUUUUUUUACAAGUGCAUCCAUUCCUCAAGCCCUUGCAAGGUAUCUCUACCUCAAUCAGCGUGAUUUUCCGCAGGCAUUGAAUUGGGCAGAAAAUGCCAAGAGAAUCACAGAAAACCCAUACACUGUUGAUACGAUUGGACAAGUUUACAAAAGUUAUCUUAAACAUAACAUCCAGAAUGAAAAGAAAAAAACACCACGCAAUCCAGGGGAUUUGGAUACUAACCUAAAGCUAGCAAAAAAUGCUAUAAAGGCUUUUCAAAGAGCUCAAGAACUGGCCAUGAAUGAGGAUCAACCUGAUGAGGAAGCUGAUGACAAUCUGUCAAAAUCAUCAUACAACAUCUUUGGGUAUGUGGGGGAAAUUGAGACGGUACUGACAGUCUUUGAAAUUCUAAGCAAGCUGCCAUUCUUUGAAGAAGCUGAUCCAGUAACACAGAAGUACAUGCAGAGCUUUCUGAAUGGAAAAAUGCCCAUCAACAGCGUACCCAAGAACGAUAAUGAAAUCAACAGAAAAUAUGUUGACAUUAUCCAAGAACACAAGUCUUUUCUCCUUAAUUUGAAAACCCAAGUCAAAAAAGUUUUUGAAUUCUUAAACGAUUACUACACUUACAUGAAAGGAAACGAUGCAGGAGACUUCGAGACAAGAAAUCGGACAAAAAUAUCAGAACACUUCAAGACAUAUAUAACACUUGUUUGCUCUUCACCAGAGGAAAUAUCGAGAGAACAAACGAGCAAGCCGAAGCUUAGACUAAACAUGGACAUCGAAAAGUGUAGGAAGUUACUUGAAGAGAAGAACGCAGACACAUUUGCAGGGGUACUUCAUCAUCUCGACAAGACUGCAGAGGAAAUGGAGGAAAUCAUUGAGUGCUACAAAUUUUUACGGCAACAUUGUGAGCAAAUUACAAAAGAAAAAAACAAAGACAAAAACAAUUUCAUUUUGGCAAAUAUAAUUCUCAGCAUACUAAAGCCAAAUUCGAAACAUGUGAAGAGUCACAAGGAACUCACUGAUCUUCUCAUGCUAACAUUGCAAGAUAUAGGAGUGCAACAUCCCUUCCCAGAGCCAUACUAUCUGGCUUUGUUGUUGCUUUGGCCAAGUUCAAACGCAGAAGAUACAGAUAUUAGAACAUAUGUGAACUCACUUCGGAACUCAUUCAGACGGAAACUGUCAAAGUUUAUGAGGAUGAGGAACACCAUUGCCCACUUCUACUUGGGCCAGAGAAAAGGAUUAGAAAGACUUGUUCCUAAAGCCAAACUUGAUGAGUGUUUUGCACACGUGGCACGCACUAAUUUGGCCCAACUUUGGCGGAGUGGAGACAUUUUUAAGGAAAAGAAAAUAAUUGACCGUCUCUGUAGGGUCAAUGGAACCAUAGAGGAAGGAGAACUUUAUGCUAAUUAUGGCAAACUUAAAAUCCCAGUACGCCCGGCAUAUCUUGGUGGAAUAAGCAGUGGUUUCAGCACUGAAAAGGUGUCGUUCUUCGUAGGAUUUGCCAUAGAUGGACCACUUGCAUACGAUAUCAAGUAUGAAUAGGCUAUGAGAAGCCCAUGUUAUAAAGGCCUCAAUGAUGAACUGCAUGCUUUGGUCCAAGAGUGUGGACAAUGGAGGAAGUAUGGAUUAACCACAACCUGACAAUCGAAAACAAGACAACAAUCUACAAAGCACAUGCUCUUAAUGGAGGCAUGGAUAAUCAAUGUUAUGAAAGGAAACAAACAUCUUCAACCUGGUUACCUUUUGACUUGACGUUAAAACAACAUUUUAGGAGACAAAACACCCUUACUUGUUGUAGUGAGGUCUGAUCUAUCUAGAAUGUAUUAGUUAUGCACAGCAUCAUUAACUGGACAUUACUAACUAACAGUAAAAGCUAACAUGACAACCCUAGCAAUGAGUACUAGCAGAGUUCUGUGGACUGCAUGUUAAGGUACCAAUCUAAUGAGUUAUUAAAAAUAACUAAACUGGAUCACUGCCUGCCUGGUCUCCAUCAUGACAUGGUGUCAGUAUUAAAACAUUCCCAAAACGGAAGAUUGGUGAGGAAAAAUGUCCCACCCAAAUUCAACCCAGCAGAGCCAUUCGAUUGGCUGAUGGCCAUGGCUGAUCUGGAGACAAUGUUUUGGCAUCAAAACUGGACAAGGAGAGCAGUGUGGUGCGGAUAAAUUCAGUACUUUAUGCAAUUGGAAGAAAUGCAGAGAUAAUCAACAAUGACCUUCACCUUUGACUACAAUCAAUGAUGAGUUCGACUUUGAUGUGGUGACUGAAAAGCUGAAUGGACAUUUUGUGCCACGGCACAAUGUGAUUCACGAUUGAACCAUAAACAGAUUCAGAAAGGGGGAGAGACAAAUUUUAAACUUUGAGGAAUCUAGCUGAACACUGAGCACUACAAAGGAUGAACAAAUACGGGAUAGGAUUGUAAUUAUUAUUACAACUAGAGCAUAUCAACAAUAAUUGGGAUAACCACGCUAGCUUUGCACUCAUCUGGGUCCUAGCAAACAUACUAGGUAUCAACAGCUAAUCCAGUAGGAGCUGGAAGCUAUAGUGAGCUUAGAUUCGUCAAACAUGACAUGAUAUCGCAGAGAAUUUGCAUAAAGUUCAAGUUUCCCCAACUUGGGUCCCGCCCUGUUCACGCUCCCUCGCCCAUGCUCGCAUUGCCCAACGUUCC